UAAUACGCGUGUGACCAAAAGAAGUGAAAAAUAAGUAAAAGUGAAAAAUGAGUGAUGAAACGGGAGAUUCGGGCGGGGCAACUGCCCCACUUCCAUCGCCAGCUAGUGCGGAUCCGGAUCCAGGAGCUACUGCCUCCAAAAUACCCGGUCCAGCCAAAUCCAAUAUUCCCACGCCGGCUGCUUCAGUAACCGGAAUCCCACAGCCCAGCAAAAUGAAGGCACCAUCCAAUUUCGGCUCUACGGGGUCUGUUUCCAAAAUCGGAAGACCCUGCUGCAAUCACACAACCCCUAAGUCGGGGCCACCGCCAAGAGACACCGCCAGCAUGAGUCGUGAAAGCGAUGACAAUUUAAGUUCGAUCAAUUCGGCUUAUACAGAUCUCUAUCAAGAGACUGUCAGGCGCUUUACGCGAUCUUCGCUCUCACCCACAUCCGAUUGGGAUCGCUUUUCGCCCGGCAGACGUUCGCUAAAAUCGGAGGCUGGAAGUCGCACAUCUUAUGAUUAUUAUCUAGAGGCCACUGGGCGACGUCGCAGCUCAGAUCACAACAGCGCAGUGCUGACAGCGAAUACAGAGCAGUUCAUCAUUGGCCAGCGGGUUUGGCUUGGUGGCCUUCGUCCCGGACAGAUUGCCUACAUCGGCGAGACACACUUUGCACCCGGCGAAUGGGCGGGCGUUGUCCUCGAUGAACCUAAUGGUAAAAACGAUGGCUGUGUGUCGGGCAAAAGAUACUUCCAGUGCGAGCCGAAACGCGGCAUUUUCUCACGCCUCACACGUCUUACCACAUAUCCAAUGUCCGGAGCCCAGACACCGACUUCUCCACUGGCCAAAAACUCCCCGGACAGAUCGCGCACAGUCUCGCCAACUGCGAGCAUUCGCAGCUCUAUGCUCCGCAGUCCCGGAAUUGGUGGCAAAAACGGCAUGGCUGUGGGCGAUCGUGUGAUUGUCUCCUCUGGAUUUGGCAGUCGUCCGGGCAUUUUACGCUAUUUGGGAGAGACACAGUUCGCUCCUGGCAAUUGGUGCGGCGUGGAAUUGGAUGAGCCUAGCGGCAAGAACGAUGGAGCUGUGGAUGAUAUAAGAUACUUCGAGUGCAAGCCCAAGUACGGGGUGUUUGUACCUAUAGCGAAGGUUUCGCUAUCGCCGUCGUCGAAGAAAACGCGACUCUCGAGGACCGGAUCACGGGAAUCCCUCACCUCGAUCGGCACCAUGAACAGCAUCGCCACCACGGCCACGUCGCGCAUGCGCAUGAAUGCUCAGCAGCGCAAGUCGAUCACGCCCGUAAAGCCAAUUUUAGCGACGCCGAAAAGCCAAUUUUCCAUGCAGGAUCUGCUGCGCGAGAAGCAACAGCAUGUGGAGCAGCUGAUGGUGGAACGCGACCUGGACCGCGAGGAUGCCCAGAAUCAGGCGCUGCAGCUGCAGAAGAACAUCAACGAGGUAAUUAUCUUCACCGAUACCAUGUACGCACCGCUGCCCUAUGCGGACAGAUCGCGACCAUAUCGACCCGGCAAGAAGUCCAGGGUUAAGAGUCCACAGAGACAACAUGUCUGGGUGCCCACCACCCUGAGCAGCAGCAUCACCACCAGUACAAGACCAAUCAUAGCAGCAGCGGCAACAUGCAACAGACAGCCCUUGCAGCAGCAGCAACAGCAACAGAUAUUGCAGGCACAGCAGCAACAUCAGCGGCAGGCCAAGCCAAAGAAAGUUUGGUUUUGCGAUAAAAAGAAACUCUUUCCAGUUGGCUGACGACACAACACACGGAGCCCAGUCAAUGUUUGCUCAGUCAUUUGUGCAGUUUCGGUUUCGAUUAAUUGUUUAAUUUUAUUUUUGCAUUGCACCCGCGCCCUGGCUCUUGCAAAACAAACAAAAAACAUACACAACCAUUUUCCUUUUCGUUUGGUUAAUUUUUCAUUUAUUUUUCACAGUUAUGUCUUUAUUGUUUUCCUCAUUGUCUUGUGUUUAUUUGUUGUUGAUUUAACUCAAACUCACUUACCUUUUGACACGUUUUAUUUUAUGUUUUGUUCUUUAACCACAGUUUAGCCACAAGUCAUCUUCAAAUUGUCAGUCAUUUUCCCAAAAUGAUUCAUUUAAUUAACUUUGAACGCUGAGGAGAGUACAAAUUUCAUAAGUUUAACUAGGCAUGAAAGGUUUUGGGGGGUUCAACGGCAUUUAACUCGGUCAAAAUUCGGCUAACAUGGGUUAAGGCUACUUUUGAAGUGUAUGCAAACCAAAUUGAUUUAAAAUCAACUUGCAUAUAUUUAGCAUAUAAUAUUUACAUAAAUUUUGUGCUGGCACAAAAUAUUUAUUUACUAUUAACUUGCAACCGGAAAAAAAUGAAUGGGUUUAAUUUAUCUUUGCAUCAAAACAAUUUUCAUUGAGUUCACCUCAGUUCAGACACACAAAACGUAUUACUCUCCAACCAUCAUAUACACUACCAAGAAAUUACAGCAAGAAAAAUGCAAAAACCACUAUUAUAAAUAAACAAAAUUAUUUGCUUUAAA